AUGGCUACAUAUCAGAUCCGUCAAGUCGACAACGAGGUAAAAGGCCGCCUCGCACUUGUCACUGGAGCCAGUGGCGGUAUCGGCUCUGCUAUUGCCAGAGCUCUAGCAGCCGAAGGUUGUGAUGUUGUGCUACAUUUCGCCAACGCCGGCCUUGGAAGACGUAUCCGUGAUAUCAAAGAUAUCGAAGAAGAUGACUGGGAUACUGUCAUGGAAGUCAACUCGCGGAGUCAGUUUGUUGUAACAAAGGCUUGUUUGCCAGGUAUGCGAGCGCAGAGUUGGGGACGUGUGAUUCUUAUUGGAAGUAUUUCUAGUCAUGGUGGUGGAAUCAAUGGGUGUCAUUAUGCAGCUACCAAGGGUGCUCUAAGCUCGAUGGGCAAGAAUUUAGCCACUGUACUGGCCGGAGAGGGGGUCACUGUCAAUGCUAUCCUUCCAGCAAUGAUUGGAUUUACCGACAUGAUUCCUACUCCAAAAUCAACAACAUGGACAAAUAAGACGGACUUGGCGGAACUCAAAGACACAGACCCAGGCCUCGCCAUCGCCGCCAGUGUCCCAGUACGACGUCUAGGUCAUCCUCAAGAAGUCGCCAACGUUGCAGUCAUGAUGGCAAAGACGGGGUAUCUUACAGGGCAGGAUAUUCUCUUGUCAGGAGGUCUCAAGUAG